AUGACACUUCUCCUGAGUCUUCUCUGCAUCUUGUGCCUGGUUGGCCCAGUUCUCGGCCAGGACAUGCCAUAUGAGGAAUAUAUGGCCCAGAUCCAAGCCUGCCCUAAAGAGUGUCGCUGCCCCCCCAGCUUCCCUCGUGCUGUCUACUGUGACAACAAAGGCCUGAAGAGCAUCCCCAAAAUCCCUCCAUACACAUGGUAUCUCUACCUGCAGAACAAUCUAAUUGAAGUGCUGUCAGCAGAUGCCCUGCGUAAUGCCACAUCACUGCGCUGGCUGAACAUAAACCGCAACAAAAUCACUAGUGAGGGAGUGGAAGAAGGUGUCCUAAGUGCAAUGUCUCAACUGGCGCACCUCUACAUGGAUGACAACCUCUUGUCUUCUGUGCCAUCUCCCCUGCCAGCCAGCCUGGAACAUCUACGUCUGUCUCGCAAUCGCAUAUCCAAGAUCCCUGCUGGUGUCUUCAUUGGUCUGGAUAAGCUUAACCUCUUGGACCUCCAAGGGAACAAGCUGAUGGAUGAUGCUGUAACUGAGGUGAGCCUAAAGGGUCUAAACAACCUGGUACAGAUCAACCUAGCCAAGAACCAGUUGACUAGCAUGCCUCUUGGCUUACCACCCACCACCACCCAGCUUUUCCUUGAUGGCAACAACAUUGAGAAGAUCCCAGCGGGCUACUUCAAAGGUUUGCCAAAAAUGGCAUUUCUGAGGCUCAACCACAACAAGCUUGGUAGCAGUGGAGUUCCCAAAAAUGUAUUUAAUGUCUCCAGCAUGUUGGACUUGCAGCUGUCCCACAACCAGCUGACCGAAGUUCCCCUCAUUCCCUCAGGCCUUGAACACCUUCACCUGGACCACAACAAUAUCAAAAGUGUGAGUGGCUCCAAUGUAUGCCCUGUCGACAUCGACACUGUGGACGACUCCAUCAACGAAAGUGUUCCUAGACUGCGCUACCUCAGACUUGAUGGCAAUGAGAUUAAACCACCAAUUCCCAGGGAUGUCAUUCUGUGUUUCCGUCUCCUGAGGUCCAUUGUCAUCUAA